AUGAAUGAUGACACAUUAAUAAUCAGGAUUACUACUUACUCUAGUAUGUUUGCAGGAAUCAUAGGAAAGAUAGCCUGUCAUCCCAUUGAUACAAUUAGAGCUAAGAUACAGAUUAGACAAACAAUGAUGCUUAAGAUUAAAGCUGACAAAUUGAUUUCAACUUUGGUAAAGGAGACCUUAAGAACUGAGGGUCUUCGUGGACUUUACAAAGGGCUUGGAAUAACGAUAAUAGGAACAGGACCUGCAUAUUCUUUAUAUUUAACAACUUACGAGACAUCAAAGUACUUUUUAAAUUAGUUGAGUUUUAUGAAGGACAGUCCCAAUUUAAUAUCCUUUACAUCUGGAAUGAUGGCUGAAACUAUCAGUUGCAUCUUCUGGUUGCCAAUAGACGUGAUAAAAGAGAGAUUACAAGUUCAAAGCAAUUUAAAGGUUUUUGAUUAUAAAAAUACAUUUGAUGCCAUCCAAAAAAUUCUAAAGUCAGAAGGAGUGGUUGGUUUAUAUCGAGCUUAUGGAGCAACUGUAGCCUCAUAUGGACCCUUUAGUGCAUUCUAUUUUAUGUUUUAUGAGAAAUUAAAAACAAUUUUGGAAAAUCCAUUGUAACCGUCCUUUUUAGAGAGUCUUUGUCUAUCGGGGAUAGCAGGAUCGAUGGCAGGAUUUAUAUGCAAUCCAAUGGAUAUCGUGAGACUGAGAAUGCAGGUAUAGAGAGCCUCAUUGGCCACUCAUGCAGAGACAGGCAAUUUUGGAUACAAGAACUUAAUACAUGGAAUGUACAAGGUUGUAAGCAAUGAGGGGAUAUUGUCUUUGACAAAGGGAUCGAUGGCAAAAGUGUUGUACACAUGCCCUAAUACUGCAAUUUCAAUGAGUGUGGCAGAAGUAACUAGAUCUUAUUUUAUUAAUAAAUACAAGAGUCAUUGA